AGCAGCUUUGGUUAUUUAAACGGACCGUCUUCAUGCUGCAAUUUACAAAACCCCUGUCCAAGUGAGAGCUUGAAUUUCUUGCAGCAAUGACGGUCUACCCGUGUUUACGGCGUGUUUUUGUCUCUGCUUCUGCAUUCAGAUCUGUUCACUAUGUGGGACUCAGAGCUGGACUGAGGACAUCAAGCGUUCAUCACACCAGUAAGGACAAAUCUGAGCUAGACUCAGUCGUGACAUAUGAACAGCUUAAGGUCAUGCUGGCCCGUCACAGUGUCCAGUUAUUUGAUGUCCGAAAGCCUGAUGAGUUCCAGGCAGGCCGCAUUCCUGAUUCUGUCAAUCUUCCAUUGGGACAGCUUGAGGAAUCACUGAAGCUUCCUCCAGAGCAAUUUGAAAAGCGUUUCAAGGUGAAGGCGCCCAAAAAGGAGGACGAUAAUAUUGUUUUUCACUGCCAACGAGGCCGUAGAAGUUUAACAGCUCUUGAAACUGCCUGGCGUCUGGGGUUCAGCAGGGCACGUCACUAUGCGGGAGGAUAUAGUGAAUGGGCUGAGAAAGAGAAGAAGUAGCUAAUUGGUGUGUAAAGCACGUUGAGAAAACUUUGCCAUGUCACUCUGACUUUUUGUUUGUUUUUGAAAAAACUAAACGUCUUUAGGUAAUCUGCUUUUCUUUGCAGUCAUCUAUUUACCAUCCAUUCUGUUCACUCCUUACAGAAUUAAGACUUAAUCUAACCAGAGCUUGUGAUUAUUAAAAUGUCAUGAAAAGCCUUUAAAUGCAUA